UCGCUUUUCUUAUUAAUUUCUAGAACAGCCCGUAGUUGAACGGAAGAAACAAAGUCGACCAUGAAGUGUAGAGAUUUUUAUUCCUGGAUUGCGGCUCCUCUUUAUUCACUCCAAAAACAAACAACUUGAAACAAGGAAACUACCCAAACAAUUCAUUGCAAAGGGUGCUCGCAAUGAUCCACGCCAUUUCACAGAAGAGAAGGGCAAAACACCUAUCUCGCUAAAGUCGAGUGAGCACGGAACUCUUACCCUUUGCUCUUCAUUUGAGUCAAAUGUUGCGCUCUGCUGUGAACCGGAAAUACGUCAUAAUGCACAAUCUAGGACAUUAUUAUACUACUCUACGGAUACUAAACGCCCUGAAGAGCUCAACAAGAACAGUGUCAGAUUCCUACUUUGCAGAACUAGGCUAGGGAAUUUGUUUCUACAAAACAAUAGCUGUUUUCGUUGGGGGUUUUUCAAAUGACAGAUGCACGUUGAAGCAGAAAUCAUUCAACAAAAUGGUGAGGGAAGUUCUGCAGACAUAGACACUGAUACUCUCACGAGACAUGUAUCUCCAAUAGCAACAACUACAAACAACAACAGGAACAGCCAGAACGUCCUGCUCAUCGGAAAUAAACGUAACUUUUGGUCUAAAAAUAAACCAGACUCCAAUAUCUCUGGAGUCCACAACAGACAGAAUUAUAAAGUCAUCAAACUGCAAGAAAAAAUCAAUCGAAACCCUUCCGCCGAAAUUCAAACAGAAUUUGAGAGUUUCCCGACGAAACUUAGAAGUGUAAAGGACUCCUCUGAUCUCCGUAACAACAGAAGGUCAAAGCACUCUCUGAGUAGAGGCAACCCUAUUGUCCAGACUCUCAACAUUCCCACGGCUGUAAUCAGCGAUGUGCACAACACAGAAGGUCAUAAUCAGCUUGCGAGUGUUUAUAGGACCUCUGCAGAGGACAUUAAAGGAACGGAAAGCGGUGGUGUUGCCAUUACAAAACCAAAACUAAAUGCCACGACACGAUUUGCUGAUGAUUUAUACGUUGUCCAAAGCUUUCGAAAAGAUAUUCGCAGGAAAAGAAAUGAGGCUGAUUUAUUUCUCAAAUCGAAACCUUCUCAAGGAAAAGCGUUUCUUAACGUGGCACAGGAAAAUAAUGUUUUUCCGAAGCGUGGCAGCUUACACAUUCGCCAGGCAGGUGACAAUGUUGGGAAUGAAAGUACAUCCUUGAAUUUACAGAGUGCCUCGAUGAGUCUUGAGGGUUUAAGCUCUACGAAUGUGACUGUAGGAAGUGUGGCAUCCCGUCCGUGUUCGAACCUGAACUGCUUGGAUUUGUUCUGCCAGCCGGGCGGACAGAGAUGUCAGAAGGGCUGUGUGAAAGGAUACUAUCCCGGGGCAGACGGCACGUGUUCUCAAGGAAGGUUCGUAGCAUCGACCAUAAACCGAGCUCCCUGUUCGCUGAGUACCAUGCAUCUGAAUACAACAGCUGGAUUGACGACAAUGACGACCUCCACCACCAACACCAUCCUCACAACAAUCACAACCACAACAGCUGGGCUGACGUUUGAUAAUACAGUUACAGUCGAGCCGACCAAGACCAUCACUCAUUGUCGAGGAGAAAAGUUGUCAUCUUAAACAAAAGGACAACGAGAAAAGGAGAAAGGGGGGAAGGACAGAGAG